GGAAAACGCUCCUUCCUGUGGUUUUAUAUUCAAAGAUAUUUUCUAAAUAUUAAUAUGAAAAAGACGUAAUAGCAAUCGAUUAUCGAUACCUGUGAAUAUCGAUAGACCCGUCUCUAGGUUAAAAACAAAACUUGGUAGCCAUUUUUUGUUACCGACAGGGGCCACCGUCGAUAAUUUCUCUACCGACUGGGCAUGUAAAAGGUAAAUAUUGGAUUAUUUAAUUUACCGAUCCAAAUUCAAAAUUUAAAUGUUUUCCCCGGUUUCGGAAAAAUAACGUUUUGUCUCCUAACAACUAAUUUCCCGAUGGACUUUACUUUACCUUUUCAGAUAAACGAGUCGGAAUGGAAUUUUCUAUAGAAGAACCAAAUAGUGAUAUUUUUAAAACCGAGUAUUUGGAAACUAUCCCUGUGCACUAUGUUAUGGGAACUGAUGAGGCUGAAGAAGUCGAAUAUGUUUAUAAUGAUGAUAUUGGUAUACCAGAUGGUUAUCAAGAAAUCACCAAUAUAAUUCUUGAAGAUGGAACUACAGCAAUGAUUAUCAAUGGAGCUCUGAUCACUGAUGAUGGACAAAGUUUAAUAAUACAAGACGAAGUUGAUUUCAAUGAGUGUUCUGCUUCUUUUGAGCUUCAAAAUGAAUUACAAAAUCAAUUCUUCCAAAUCAUGGUACCUGAAGACAUCCAGGACACCACCCAAAAUGUCAUAACUUAUGUAAAAGAAGAAACGGCCAUUGAGUCUGAACCAAACAACCAAAUCUUUUAUAUUCAACAAGAAAACAAUAUUCUAGAACCAAUGCCAGAGCAAUACGAAAUAGCUGAGAAUCCCAAUGAAUUUACACAAUUCAUUCAAUUAGCUGAUGAUGAGGUUAUUGUCGAUGAAAAUGGGCAAGUGGUCGAUUUGCAGGAAUUGAUGAAAAAAUAUCAGGUUAAUGGGGAUUUCGAAUGUACUGUAGAAGCGGAUGGGAGUUUCAGUUUUUCAACUACAACUGAUACAAAGAAGCGUAAAAUUUCUGAGAUUAAAGGAAAAAAUAUUGCAACUGGAGAAGUCAUAAGUAUUUCCGAGCAUUUGAAGAAAUUUAAAAAAGGACGCAACUUUGCUUCUAAUAAUAACCGCAAAACAAUGAGAUGUGAUGCCACAAGAAACAAAACUUCUAUCAAGGAUCUAAAAAAACUAAUAAACAAAAAAAUCCCCAUUGGGCAAACUGACAAAGGAAAAAACUUAGUUGCAAAAAUUACUAAUAUAAUUAAAAAACAUCCCGCUAAAUCACCAAUAAAUACGCAAUCAAUAAUCUCUGCUAAAAAGAAAAGCCAGUCACUUGAGCCAGCAGCAGUUGAAACUGAGCCAGUGAUAACAGAGACUGACUUAACAGUAGCAGAAACUGAGCCUGCAUUAUUUCAAACUGAGCCAGUGACAUCUGAAUCAGCAGUGGAAAUUGACUUACCAGCAGUCAAGACAACAUCCAUCAGAACUGAGCCAGUGACACCAUCUGAGCUAACAGAGACUGAAACGACUUUUGUGGACAAAUCUGAACACCAACCAAAUUUGAAAGUCAUCGUUCAGAAAAAGAAAAUAAAAAGAGAAGCUUUUGAGGUAAUUUCAAAAGUAUUAGGUGGCUUAAUGGAUAUGGACAGCGGAGUGAAAAUGUUGAAAAAUAAAACCCUAAUUGUAACGAUGGUGGAAAAAGUUUUUAAUCAAGAAACCAAAAAAUAUUCUAAAAAUGUGUCUUAUUGUGCUGGGCAUAUGAUUAAAGAGGAAAAGUUGGACAGUUCUCUUGGACAAAAUCAAGUUGGAAGUGAUAAUAAAAAAAAUCUGUCUGGAACAGAUGAAAGUUUCGCGAAUCUCACCAUAGAGAUAACACAAAACGCAGCAGGCAAAAAAAACACAAGAGUCACCAUAAAUCCACCAUCAAUGUUUCAAUGUAAAACCUGUGGGUUAUCUUAUAGAACCAGCGCUUUGUUGAAAAUACAUUCUAUGCAGCAACAUAGUGAUCCUCCACCUAAUUUUGGAUCCGGUUUGGAAUGCAAAACAUGCUUAAUAAAAUUCACAAGCCUUGCCGAAGCUGAGAAACAUACCAGAUUAACUCAUUCACAAGAUAAGUCAUUAGGAGUAUAUGAGUGCGUAGAUUGCAAACAGCGCUUUAAAAAUCCACCCCAAAUCCGGAAACAUAUGGAAUCACAUUUUAUGCCGAGCUUUUGUAGUAUUUGUCAGAUAAGAUUCAAAGAUAUGGCAACUUUGAAAAGACAUACAAUGUAUAAGCAUACAAAAACACCUGAAAUCGAAAGCAAGGAAAAUAGCAACCGUAAUAAUAAAUUCACCUGUAACAUUUGCGGUAAAUUCUUUUCCAGGAACUCAAAUUUGCUAAGACAUAUUGAGAUUCAUAAAGGAGUUGGGGCGAACUAUCAAUGCGCCAUCUGCUAUUGUUCUUAUCACUUUGUCUCCUCCCUAACACGCCACAUAAUUUCUACUCAUGUAGAGAAAAAACCUACACUAGAAGCCCCACUAACAAACCUAGAACUUCCGAAUGAUAUUAUUGAGGAGCAAAUUGAAGGAUUCGAUUUUUUACAAAACGAUCAAAUGGUGCAAAUGAUACCUUUGGAAAAUAUUAGUGAGGACGCUUUGGAGCAGGUUUUACAAGAUGUUCCUACUGGACCAGAACUUGUAGAAGAGAUGGGACCAAUAUAAUUAAAUAACUUGUUACUAAUAAUCUAGUCAAGGGGCUGGUUCACAGAGUGGACCUAACUGGCCUUAAAUAAGAAUUUGCCUUCUGUUUUUGGUAUAAUGCUAUACAAAUUAAUUAUAUUGUAUUUUCUAUAUUGUACUUAUAUAAAAAUCUUAUAAUACAGUAGAAUUUUUAUAUAUAGUUUCAGCUAUAAAUUGUUUUUUUUUUUAAUAUGAUUUAUGUUCCUGUGUAUUUUAUUUAACAACAUUGUUAAGUUUAAUGUAAACUCAAUAAUAAAAUAAAUCUUAUUUUUUCAAAUGUGUGUAGGUAAUGGUAUAUUUACUGAAUUACCUUUAGAGAUUAGGCUUUAAUAAACACAUACAUGCAGGUAAACAAAACUAUUGUCGUAUCUAGGAUAAUAGGGCAUCUCCCUUCGGUUAAUUAAACUCAAUCGGCUUCCAAAAAAGGUUCAUGGGCUUCAGGAAAAUCAUUGAUCACGUUACAUUUAAAUAACAUUCCAUUGCAAGUUGAACGAAUUAUUGAAUUAUUAAUUCGUGCGUACAAGGAACUGAAACCCAUGGAAGGUCAAUGUCAACGAUAGUUCACCGGUAGUUAUUGUAAUUAGC